GCUGAAGUAGGGGUUCUGUGGGCGAAGGCGGAAACGCUGCUGCACGUUGGCAGGAGGGUCCAAGCCAGUGAAUCCGCCACACACCGACUCGCUGCUGCCGGCCGCUGCUAUGUCUCAGGCUGAGUUUGAUAAAGCUGCUGAAGAAGUUAAGCAACUGAAAUCUCAACCGACAGAUGAAGAAAUGCUGUACAUCUACAGUCACUUCAAACAAGCUACAGUUGGAGAUAUAAACACAGAGCGCCCUGGUUUUCUUGACUUCAAAGGCAAAGCGAAGUGGGAUGCCUGGAAUGCAUUAAAAGGAAUGGCCAAAGAAGAGGCAAUGAAAGCUUACAUAGCAAAAGUGGAAGAAUUAAAGGGCAAAUAUGGCAUCUAAGAAUUGCAUCCACUCCCCACUUGUGGACCUGAAAUGUGCCUUAUUUCUUAAUAUGUGGGAUAACUGAUUACUGGGGGUGACUGGAAUGUGUAGUGUACUGCAGUUUGAGUUCUGCAAUUCAGAUUAAACUUCUGUCUAAUUGUAAAUUACACCUAAUGAAUUGGGUAGCUUUACUCUGUGAAUCAUUAAAGUACAUUUGUUACUUA